AUGAGUGAGAUUGAGUUGACUGGCUUCGGCGGGCGGCCAAUCCGCGUCAACACCGGCCUCUUCAUCAACAACGACUUCCACCCCGCAGCAGGCGGCGCGACGCUGCAGGUCGAGAACCCGAGCACCGGCGACAACCUCGCGACCGUCUCGGCGGCGCAAAAGGAAGAUCCCCGCGGACCGCGGGGGCUCGCGGACCUCGUCGAGCGCGACGCCGACGACCUCGCCAGCCUCGAGGCCCUCGAGGCCGGCGUCCUCUUCAAGGAGUCCAAGGCGCUGCACGUCACGCAGGCCGCCGAGACCCUCCGCUACUUCGCCGGCUGGGCCGACAAGAUCACGGGCCAGCUGCUGAGCACGCCCCAGGGCCCCGCGUACACGAGGCGGGAGCCGCUGGGCGUGUGCGCCGCCGUCGUCCCGUGGAACGCGCCGCUGAUGAUUACGAUUUGGAAGCUCGGCCCCGCCAUCGCCGCUGGCAACGUCCUCAUCAUCAAGACGCCCGAGCUCACCCCCCUCUACGCCCAGAAGCUCGCCUCCCUCAUCAGAGAAGCCGGCUUCCCUCCCGGCGUGCUCUCCGUGCUCUGCGGCUACGGCGCCGUCGCCGGACAAGCCCUCGCCGAGCACCCGCUCGUCAAGAAGAUCGCCUUCACCGGCAGCGGCCCCGUCGGCCGGCGGAUCCUCGCCGCCGCCGCCGCGACCAACCUCAAGAAGGUGACGCUCGAGCUCGGCGGCAAGGGGCCGUCCAUCGUCUUCGCCGACGCCGACCUCGACAACGCGCUGUUCUGGACCGCGCUCGGCUUCACGGCCAACAACGGUCAGGUGUGCGCGGCCGGCUCGCGCAUCUACGUGCACGCGCGCAUCUACGACAAGUUCCUGGCGGCGAUGGCGGAGCGGCUGGCCGGCGCGGCGCAGGGCGACCCGCUGGACGAGAAGACCACCAAGGGCCCGGUGGUGAGCAGGCAGCAGCGCGACAAGAUCGCGGCGUACAUUCGGCACGCCAAGGACAGCGGCGUCCGGGUGCUGACGGAGACCGGCGGCGAGUCGGACAAGGGGCACUUUGUGGCGACGACGGCGUUUGCGGAGGUCCCCGACGACGCCCGCAUCAUGCGGGAGGAAAUCUUUGGUCCCGUCGCUUCGAUCGCGAGCUUCAAGACCGAGGCAGAGGUCAUCGAAAAGGCCAACGCGACCGAGUACGGCCUCGCGGCGGCCGUCUUCACAAACGACGUGAGCCGCGCGGCGCGCGUCUCGGAGGCGAUCGAGGCCGGGCAGGUCACGGUCAACUGCUGGGGCACGCUCCACGCCAACGCGCCGUUUGGCGGCGUCAAGGAGUCCGGCUUCGGCCGGGACAUGGGCGAGGAGGCGCUCGACUCGUGGCUGACGACCAAGACGGUCAAGUACUUUACGCUGCCGGCCGCGGACGAGGACAAGUAG